GGUAGGAAUGUAAGUUAAAUGGGAAAUUAGUUUAAUACUUAAAUUGUUUUUUUACUGAUUCAAAUAUUUUUUUAAUCUUUACAAGCAGACGAACAUCCUCAAUACGAACCUGUACCCGUUGUUCCUAUGGCAACUCAAUACCAUGGUAACAAUCAACUUGAUGAACACGAUCAUGGUGGAGAACAUGAGAACGAGCACCACGAUGAAGAGCACACACAAAAAAUACAUGAGGACGACAAAGGAAAUGAAGAACGAGAAGAGGACCGCCAUAUGCAUGAUACUGGUGACAACUACAAGCAGCAUGGUGUAAUUGAAGGACGUGAACAUCACGAAGAUGAUUACCAUCAUGAAGACGACAGACACCGUCAUGACGAUCAUCACGAGGAGGAAAAACACCGACAUGACCAUCAUCACGAGGAAAAACACCGACAUGGCGAUCAUCAUGAAGAAGACCGUCACGAACACGACCAUCAUGACCGACAUCGUCAUGAAGAUGACGAUGAAAGAGAAGAUGACCACCAUAAAAGUCAUCACGAGCAAGAUGACGACGAAUCUCACCAUGGUUAUUCCGACGGUCAUUCCGUUGAGUAUAGCAACGCAGAGGAGAAUCCUUAUCAUCAACACGCUGAAGAUGACGCUUCAGGCGAUCAUGAUACUGAUUCCAAAGAAAAGGAACUUCAGUGGGAUGAAGACUCCCAUGGCAAACAUAAAAAAGAAAGAUACAGCGACGAUAAAAAAAAAGAAAACAAACAUGGUAGCAACAAUGAAAACAAACAUGGUGGAGACGCAGAAAGUCAGUCUGGGAAAGGUGGAAAUAAUUUUGUUUUUCUCAUCAAUGGUAACGAUGGUAUGAGAGGAGUGAGUCAUAUAACUGGUAAACUGGACAAUGCUGCAACUUUUAAAAUUGUUAAGGAAAAUAAACCGAGUGACGAAUUCUCAACAACAGACGUCGUACAUAGUAAGUUUAACACAAGACAAAAUAGUGAUAAUUCGUUGGAAGCCAUGCAAACGUCACCAAAACAAGACGACCAAACAAACGCUGAUUACAAUAACGUCGGAAAUCAACAUCCUCUACCAAAAUAUGACGAAAAACAUGCAGAAAGUGACGUCCAAUCAACGGCUGGAAAAACUGAUGACAAAAACAAGUUGUUAGAUAAAAAACCCGACCAUGACGAAAGGACUCCCUUAAAAAAUAGUAAACCAACAACGAACGCACAAUCACCUGAUCAAACGGAUUCUUUAACCAAAAAUCCAGAUGUAAGUCAACUAACAAAACCAGUUAAAGAGCCUCCAGGUAAUCCCAGACCUUCUGCAACACAAAUUGAAGAAAAUAACCCGCCUUUUAGCGAAAAAGUUAAAGAACAACAUGGCAGCGCAGUCACGGACAAGAAGAAGAACCCCUUACUGUUGGGUAUUAAUCAUCCUUUAAAGGGUUCAAAAAUAAAAGACGAUUCACCUACAGCACCUCUUUCAAAAAUGCAAGAUGCUUUAACAGAUAAACAAAAACAAAACCAUGAUGAGAGCGAUAAAUCAAAAGAAAAUAAAGACUCGAAACUUAAUGACAACAAGAAUGCAGAUAACUCGGAAUCCGAGAAAGCGACGUGGUCAGUGGAAGUGAAAGAAGAUAGUAAUGAUACGAAUAGUGAAUCAGAAAAUAAGGAAGAAGCAAAGUUGGAAGCGGAAACAAACUCUGAAAGAGAAGAUAAAAAGAAAAAAGAAAAAGAAAAAGUCAAUUCUACAGAAAUGAAAGCAGAUAAAGGUGAUGAAUCCCAGCAAAAACUUCAAAAUAAAAAUCCUUUGACGCAAGAAAAAGAAGGAGAGAUCUCGAAUGCUACAAAUGCAGAUGAAAAGGAGAAAAAUAAACAAAAAUUUGAAACUGAAAAUUCUUCGACGCAAGAAAAGGAAAAGGAUAGCUCGAAUGCUAAAAAUGCAGAUGAAAACGAGAAAAAUAAACAAAAAUUUGAAACUGAUAAUUCUUCCACACAAGAAAAAGAAAAGGAUAGCUCGAAUGUUAACAAUGCAGAUGAAAACGAGAAAAAUAAACAAAAAUUUGAAACUGAAGAUUCUUCGACACAAGAAAAAGAAAAGGAUAGCUCGAAUGCUAAAAAUGCAGAUGAAAACGAGAAAAAUAAACAAAAAUUUAAAACUGAAAAUUCUUCGACACAAGAAAAAGAAAAAGAUAGCUCGAAUGCUAACAAUGCAGAUAAAAACGAGAAAAAUAAACAAAAAUUUAAAACUGAUAAUUCUUCCACACAAGAAAAAGAAAAGGAUAGCUCGAAUGCUAACAAUGCAGAUGAAAACGAGAAAAAUAAACAAAAAUUUGAAACUGAAAAUUCUUCGACACAAGAAAAAGAAAAGGAUAGCUCGAAUGCUAACAAUGCAGAUGAAAACGAGAAAAAUAAACAAAAAUUUGAAACUGAUAAUUCUUCCACACAAGAAAAAGAAAAGGAUAGCUCGAAUGCUAACAAUGCAGAUGAAAACGAGAAAAAUAAACAAAAAUUUGAAACUGAUAAUUCUUUCACACAAGAAAAAGAAAAGGAUAGCUCGAAUGCUAACAAUGCAGAUGAAAACGAGAAAAAUAAACAAAAAUUUGAAACUGAUAAUUCUUCCACGCAAGAAAAAGAAAAGGAUAGCUCGAAUGCUAACAAUGCAGAUAAAAACGAGAAAAAUAAACAAAAAUUUGAAACUGAUAAUUCUUCCACACAAGAAAAAGAAAAGGAAAGAUCUGCAGAAAAAAUGUCAGAAAAAACAAAUGAACAAAAUAAAAUUGAAAAAACAAAUGAAAACAAUAAUUCUUACCAAAACAAGGAAGAACAAGCAAAAACGAACAACGAUAAAGAAGAAUUUAAUGCCUCCAUGAACGAUGAGAAAAAUAAAGAUGCAAAGACAGGAAAUAAUAAGCAAAAAGAAAAGAGUGAAAGAGAAGAUGAAGAGAAAACGAAGCUUCUAGACGAUACAAAGAAGAACGAAAAUGAUACAAUGACUGAUGAAGAAAAAAUGAAAAACUCUCUUACUCUCUCUUCAGAUAAAACAGUGAAAGAAGAAAACUUUCAAGAUCAAGAUUCAGUGAAAGAAAAUCAAAGCAAACAGGACGUUCUUCAAAAAGUACUGGACCAUUAUUACCAAGAAGGUGCAAAACUACUAGCAUCAAAGGGAGGCCAAGAAGAAGAGACUCCAAAUAAACCACCGGUAGUUGUAAUGUACCCUAAAGUGCCUGAAAACGAGGCUGACAACACAAAUAGUAAGACAGACGAAACAAGCGAACCGAGUACAACAUUUUUUCAAAGUAAACAGAAAAACGAACCAAAUACAGCAAUCAAUCCCAAUAAAGGACAGCCUCUAAUUAAUGAACGGCAAAGUGCGACCAUAAAACUAAAUAAUCAAAGACAUACAGAAAACACGAUAAACGAGCUUGAAAUGCUUAGUAAGUUUUCUGAAAGAAAUAAAGGAGAGCGAGCUUUGUGUAAGGAUUGCAAGGUACAAAAUCCUAGCACUCGUACAAAAUUCAACACUGAUAAUGGCGGUAAUCAAUUUGUAAAUAAACUCGAUAAGUCACACAAUUUAGUGGAAGCUCCUCUGCAGUACUUAAAAAAUUCCAAAGUAGAUCGAGACAAUGACUUUGAUUUGGUAUUUGUAAAAAUGAAACAUCAUCGACGAAAUCAUAUUCAAACGACAAUGUAACUGUGCAUUUCUGUACAAAGUUUUCUUAUAACAAAAG